AUGGUUCUUACAUUACACAUUUGCAUCUUCUCUGUGACAGGAGAUACCGACAUUUUUCUCGAUAAGAACACGAAUGCUUCCACUUUUAACAGGACUGGCAUGGUCCCCAUCGUCUAUGGACCACCAAAGGAGGAGUAUGAAGCUCGAUCACCACCAAACUCCUUCAUUCACGUCGACGACUUUGCAACAGUUAACGAUCUUGUUGGCUACUUGGAGUACCUUGAUCAGAAUGACACCGCCUACGCAACUUACUUUGCCUGGAAGGAAUACGGCAGACUUCUGAGUCGUGUGCUGGUGCCCGGUAGUUAA